GAAUGUUCUGCCAGGUGUGCGCCAAUGCUGCACAAACACUCGUUAUAGACAGCGCCUGCGGCUCCGUCACCUCGCCACUCUUUCGGUUGAGGAACGUAAACAAUACCGUCUUAUCGUAUGAUCCUAGUGGGAUAGAGGGUUUCGUUAAUUCAAGCGCAACAGUUCACUUGUUCUAUAGAUAUGGUCUACCGCACUGUAGCUAUGUUUUUCUUAGAGACCGGAGCUUCCCAUCAGGGAGUACUCGGUUAGCGCCCACUGCGCCACAAUGGACAUACAACGUCAUUCGUCGCGUUGGUGCACCAUCACGGCGAUUGGAUAGUAUAUAACCUCGGUACCGUCAUGGUCGUUUCCCCCCAAACUCUAGCCCACGCAACCACGCCACCUUGGCAACACCCGCUCACGUAGAGACCGAAAACACAAUGUCCGCCCUCAGCAACGUUCUUCCCGACACUGUCAAGCCCGCGACGCUCUUGAGCGGCCGCUUCCGGUUCGACCAAAUCCCUGACCUCACCGGACGCGUAGCUAUCGUGACCGGUGGUUCCGCCGGCAUUGGGUACUACACGGCUCUCCCUCUGGCGCGUGCGGGGGCUACCGUCGUGAUUCUUUCAGCGAACGAAGAGAAGGGGCAUCAGACGGAAGCGGAGAUUAACCAGGAACUGAAAGGGCUCAGUUCAUAUGGAUCGGUGACAUGGCGCGGCGUCAACCUCGACAACCUGAAAGAAGUCGAUGCCUUGGCAAAGCAGUUGGCUGGAGAGCUCGAGCGCCUUGAUAUCUUCAUCGCGAACGCCGGGAUUGGUCAGGCUCCAUAUGGCUUGACUGCCGAUGGUCUGGAGCGGCACCUCGAGGUCAACAACCUGAGUCACUUUGUUCUUAUCCUCCGUUUGCUGCCUAUCAUGAAGAAGACGGCGCAGAUCGCCCCGCCCACUACUGUGCGUAUCGUCAUGCAGUCCUCCGAGAUGCACCGUGUCGCCCCUGGUGGCACAAAGUUCGAAUCUAAAGAUGAAAUUAACAAGGAGGGCGAUGGCUCGCAACUGUAUGGACGCACCAAGCUUGGCAACAUUCUCUUCGCGCGUGAGAUCGCCAAGCGCCAUCUUAUAGACACCGAGCGGCCGAUUCUGGCUAUGUCUGUCCAUCCUGGUACUGUAGACACAGAGGCGCAGAGGGCCUGGGUAGAGAGCUACGGCACUAUCUUCGGAAAGAUUUUAGAGAAAGGCAGCCAGCUCGUUGGAAAGACUGCGCCAGAGGGUGCCGAGGCGGGCCUGUGGGCUGCAACCAGCACGGACAUCUACGAAGGCAACUGGAAAGACUAUCAGGGAAAUUACUACUCCGAGCCGUAUGGUAAACCGCAUACUGAGACAGAUCAGGCGAAGAGUUUCGAGCUUGGCAAUAAUUUCUGGAACCUUUGCUCGCAACUUGCACAAGAUAUCAUUGGGGAGAAAUUGGCGUGAAUGUAGCAUAACGAGACCGAUGAUAUGUCAUACUCGAUCACAAGGGCUCGUUUGGACCAUUGAUAUAAUAUCGCCCCACGCUGUCAAGUAGCAGCUUAUGUCUCUGUACUUGUAGAUCGCGUAUUACAAUAGCACUUGCCGUUCUAGACUCCAGCCAUACGUUCCUCUUACAAGAAAACGUCAGAUACUGACGCGUGAUGCUUGGCUGCCUCUGCUCAAGUGUCUCCCGGCAACCGCUUGUGACGUUCCUUACUCCUGAAGUUGUGAAUAGUCAGUUGUGCAUCCCG